AUGGCCCAGGAUUGGCGCAAGGCCGUCUCCUUCUCCGACAGGCUGAGUGAGACUACGAAAAUGCAAGUGAGUGCCUACAUUUCCGAGUGCUCUGUGCAGUUGCUUCUUGCUGCUGCUGAGCGUGGACCGGCAGAAGACCAGCAUGCCGACGAACACAUCUCCCCAAAUCUUCCUCAGACUGGAGCUCGAAUUGGCAAGUAUCUGAAUGCACAGCACUUUGCAGACGGCCUGUUCUCCGAGCUUUUCCGCGCUAUCCAUCCUGAACCACAUCCUGGCAGCAAGACGCCAAAGGUCGUGGCAUUGAAGCUCACCAAUCCUUCCAUGAUGACGCCGCCUCACGACUCUCAUCGAGAGGCAAGGAUCUUGGCGAAGGCGAAGAGUGACCACACCAUACCCUUGCUAGAGACGUUCUAUCAAGCCGGAGGAUCUUUCGUGCUGGCCUUUCCUUAUAUGCCACAUGACCUGAACAUGCUGUUGCACACGAAACAGCUGACAUCGCAGUCACGGCGGUCAAUCCUGCGAGACCUCUUUAGUGCUCUGGCCCACCUCCAUCGUCUGAACAUUAUCCAUCGCGAUAUCAAGCCCUCAAACAUUCUCCUCGCUGGCAUUGCCGGACCAGCAUAUCUUGCCGACUUCGGUAUUGCUUGGUGCGCUGACGAUCCGGCUUCAGAGCCUUCAGACCAGAAGAUGCUCGAUGUCGGCACUACCUGUUAUCGCCCACCUGAGCUUCUCUUCGGCUACUCUUCCUACGACUCGGUCCUGGAUAUGUGGGCAGCGGGCUGCGUAGCAGCACAAGUCGUAUGCCUUAAUCGCGAGACGCUGUUUGAUGCAGGUGACUUGGGAAGCGAGCUAGCUCUCAUCAAGAGCAUGUUCCAGAAAUUGGGAACGCCAGACCUCACGACUUGGCCAGAAGCCGAGAGAAUGCCUGACUGGGGCAAGAUGAAUUUCACCAAGUACCCUGCAAAGACUUGGGAAGAUAUUCUACCUGACGCCGAAGCUGAAGCCAGGAAUCUUGUCAGACAUAUGGUUCAAUACGAAUCUGCUUGGCGUUUGACUGCUAAUGAGGUGUGCCUGCAGUUGACUUGUCUGAACCAUAGAAUGCUGACUUUCGCUAGGCACUCGAGCAUCCAUAUCUGA